AUGAUGAAACCUAAAUGGCGACCAAAACGACAUUUAAAUUGUUGUGGCUGUGAUUGGUUUCAUAUUGGACAACAAUGGAAUCAUCAUUAUCGUAAUCAUCGUAAUGAAGAGCUGGUUAAAUUAUUAUUAAUUGGUCUAGAUAAUGCUGGCAAAACAACAUUGGCAUUACAUUUAGCUGGUGAAUCGGUGGAUGAUGUUGUUUCGACGAUUGGUUUUUCAAAAUAUGAAUUACAUUUACGACAGAAUCGUUUUAAAAUUAUUCUCUAUGAUGUUGGUGGCAGCGUACGUAUACGUUCCAUUUGGCGUAAUUAUUAUUCACUGGUACAUGGCAUCAUUUUUGUCAUUGAUUCAACCGAUCUGGAACGUAUAUUGGAAGUGAAACAGCUAUUACAGCAACUGGCAUCCAAUCCAUUGGUUUUGGGCAAACCAAUUUUAAUAUUUCUAAACAAACAGGAUAAAUUCGAAGCAAUGGAUGAAAUUGAUUUAUGUAAAUUUACAAAUUUCGAUGAAAUUAUGUCUAAAUAUCAGUGUAUAACGAAAAUUGUUUCAAUAUCGGCUAAAAUGACAGCUAUACAAAAUCAAACUGGUAACAAUAAUAAUAAUAAUAAAAAUGGCAGCCACGAAAUUGAUACGACAAUCGAUUCUGGUCUAAAAUGGAUAUUGGGUUGGAUCGAUAAUCAAUGGUCAACAUUGAAUGAACGUGUUGAACAAGAAAGUCGGCAACAAAUUUCCAAAGAAAAUGAUACAAUGCAAAAAAGAAUCAAUCGUAUUCAACAACGUAAUCGUAUUGAAGCGGAAAAUAAAGUAUCGAAAAUUGUUGAUAAUCAGCCAAAAUCAAUUAUUGACAACAACAUUGAUAAUGAUGAUGAUCAUGAUGAAGUAAUUAUUAAACCAAUCAAAUUGGAUGAUGAGAAAAAUGAAAAUAUCAUCAUUCAUCAACCGGAAAUAUUGUCGAUACCGAAUGAUGAAACAAAUGAACAAAUCACUACGGCGGCGACGACGACAAAUGAAUUAUCAUCAUCAUCAAAAUCAUCAAAUGGUUCGGCACAAUCUAUCAAUAACCGUCCACCAUUAAAACGUACGAAUAAAAUCUAUCCAACCACCGCUAUUGGUUGA